UCUUGGGAGUCUUUUUCUGUUGUUUUCACGAGCGGUUGAUUAAAAAGCAGUCAGGACCAGCCUUCAACGCAUACCUUCAAGAUCGGCAGAUGUGUGGCAUGAAAGGAAUUGGUCAAUUUAUCAGCAAUAUAAUCAAGGUUUGCUCUAGGGGAGCGGCUUUGUUGAGGGAAGUGCCUUGUGAGAAAAGCACAAGCCUUUGACUCGAGAGUCUUCGGCGAGGAGGCUGAAGGAGGAGACUACGCCACAGUUGCAGAGGGUGAGAAGUGGUGAAGAGCUGACAGGACUUUGAUGGAAGUGUGAUUGAGCUGAGAGACUAGCAGAAGGUCAACGGCAGAGUGUGAAAGGAUGGCCAACUUAGUAACUACUUGCAUAAUUCGAUACAAUGACAAGCCACACUGCUUUGGAAUAUUGCUUCUGCUUUCAGUGCUCUCAGUUCUCAGUGUAUCCCUAUUCUCAGCCUAUUACAAAGCAAAUAAUAUGUCAAUAUUAUUUGGGAAGAAUGACUUCAAGCCGCUGGAAAACAUGACCAUUGUGAUGAGCACCAUUAAAACUCCAAAGUGUGAUGAGAAUGAAUCACUCAAAGCCAUCAGAUCAUCCAAAGGCAUGUGGACAAUACACCCGAUGGGGAGGCUUGGUAAUCAGAUGGGACAAUAUGCAACAUUAUUUGCUUUGGCCAGAUUAAACAAAAAGCAAGCCUACAUUUCCCCAGAAAUGGCCAAAUUCCUGUCUCAGAACUUCAAGAUUACACUUCCCACUCUCCAGAAAGAGGUUAAGCAGAACAUUAAAUGGAAAAACUACCACCUGUCUGACUGGAUGGAAGACAAGUAUAAAAAUAUCACAGGAGAUUAUAUUAAUUUUGUGGGAUAUCCAUGUUCUUGGACAUUCUACCACCAUAUCCGGAAUGAAAUCCUUCAGGAAUUUUCUUUUCAUGAGUUCGUCACAGAAGAAGUCAACUUGUAUUUACGGAAAAUAACAGCAUCACGUCAAAAUGUUACAUACAUUGGUGUUCACGUUCGAAGAGGAGAUUACGUGCAUGUUAUGCCCAACGUGUGGAAAGGUGUGAUUGGAGAUAAAAAAUAUUUGGAACAAGCCAUGUCCUACUUCAGGAAUAAAUACAAGGAUGCUGUCUUCAUAGUGGUAAGCAAUGGAAUUGAUUGGUGUCAGAAGAAUAUAGAUGUCUCCAAAGGCGAUGUCUAUUUCUCAGGAGAUGGAAAUGAAUCAAAUCCACACAAGGACUUUGCCAUUCUUGCCCACUGUAAUCACACCAUAAUGACCAUUGGCACAUUUGGCUUCUGGGGUGCUUACCUUGCUGGUGGGGAUACUGUCUACCUUACAAACUUCACUUUGCCCAACUCACCCUUCCUAAGAGUGUUUAAGUAUGAGGCAGCCUUCCGGCCAGAGUGGAUGGGGAUUAAUGCUGAUCUUUCACCUCUUCUGGUCAAGGCGCCUUAAUGUUUAAACAACAGUAUUUCAGGCGGAGUUUCAUCCGAAAACAAGACAAGUUUAAAAGAAAAGCAAGAAAUGAAGUUUAUGCCUCUCUUCCUCAGUUCUCCCAUUAUGCUCUUCCUGGGUCCACAAGCCAAUCCAAUCAGUUAUGUCAAGCAUUUACAUUUUAUCCUUCUUAAUUUCUUAUAUUUAAUAAACACACAGAAUUUAUUCAUCUAUGCCAUGCAAUAAUUCAAUUAUGACAUCCUGUGGUAACUAUUUUGUUGCUAAAGUGAUUUAGAAUUACAGAAUUAUCCAUGAUCUAACCCAUGGUCCCUGUACAAGGGUCAGCUCUGUAAGUGAGCUCUCCAAUUGCUCUCAUAACCCACCCUUUCCCAACUGCCCACAAAUCAUUUUUCUCCAUCAGUAUUUAUCCAAUUCCCUAUCGGAAGUGCCUUCAGUCAUCUGUUCAAGUUGUGCACUCCAUCCAGAGCCCAACAACCUGAUGCAUAAAAAGUCCCCACUGAGAUAUUCCUCAGACUAAAGAGAAUUAAUGGGAGGUGAUCAAUAGGUUCAAUAGGUACAUUUAAUGUCAGAGAAAUGUAUACAAUAUACAUCCUGAAGUUCUUUUUCUUCGCAAACAUCUACAAAAACAGAGGAAUGCCCCCAGAGAAUGAAUGACAGUUAAAUGUUAGAACCCCAAAGCCCCCCAGCUCCCCCCUCCCACACAUAAGCAGCAGCAAAGCAUUGACCCCCCUUCCCCAACCAGCAAAAAAAAGCAUCAGCACCCCCCACCGAGCACUCAAGCGUGCAGCAAAGCACCAAUAAACACACAGACUUGCAGUACCCCAAAGACUACUCGUUCACCCGGUAUUCGACAUACCACAGGCUCUCUCUCUCCCUAAUAAGGGAAAAAGAGAUGUCCCCAUUUCACAGCAAGAGGGGAGACAUAACAAAACAACCUGUUGGUUUACAGAUGCUAAAAGUCUGUUGCGUCGCUUUUUCCGAGCCCUGUUCCCAAAGAUCUCAGGUCCCUGGGCACACAGCCAACAGCCAGCUCGCUGCUUUCGAUCUUCCGUGUACUCCCACGACACACCAGUUUUCUGCGAUGGCACUGACCUCGAAUCUGCCCACCUCCAGAGCCACGAAAAUCCGGCACCGUGAAGGCACGCUACUCUUCCAGGCAGUGUCUUUGGUAUAUUGAAAACCGGCCAGUCAUGGGGCCCUGAGAGCAGGUCCCAUUCCUGCAAAGAACCAAAGUCAGCGUGUAUCUCCAAGUCUGGGUCUUCAAAAGAACCCUGAAAGGGGAAAAAAGAGAUACUAAAGAUAGAAAUAGAACUGUUUCAACAUUAUAAGAAAAUGUUGAGAGUCAAAGAGAAACGGUAGGAAAGUUACUAACUGAAGUGUGUGUGUUGUUCCUCUCUGCGCCUUGUGGCUCAUCGGGCAGUGCCCUUGCCAUUGUCUGAUUUUCAUGAGACUGAGUUACAGCUCGACGCUCAACUCGGCACAGAUGGAAAGCAUGCAAGGAGCCAGCCAGAUUUGAAACUGGGACUAUUCACCUCAGAGUCCGGUGCAGAUGCCACUACGCCAGCAGCCCGCAUUUGUUACUUACUACUUAGUAAAUAUUUCUCAAAGUAAUUCAUGCUCAUAAUUGAUUUUUAGUGUGCAGGUUAACACAUCCGCCAUUCCAUCUAUUACAAACUAUCCCAGAGUGUGCAGAUCACCUUACUGACAGCAAGCAGCAUUUAUGAGGUCACAGCGUUAUAUGUUGGUAGAAAUGCCAGGGUAUUGUGUAAAUAACCUGGUGCUGGUUUGCGGACUGGCUGACACUUCUUGGUGUUGAAUGGAUGACUUUGAGUAAGCUGGAAAGAGAGGUUGGUGGUCAGUAAUGGAAACCAAACUUUUUUUUAAACGAUCAAUUGAAGGUGGCAGUGAAUUCCAUCACUAACGCCUGCCUUCACUGGGAGAUGGUUGUGUGAGAUAGGGAAAGAAUGGUUGAUGAUCAGGACCUCAGAUCUGAUAUCAAACUCUUGGUCUACCUGAUAGCAAUGAUUCCUGACCUCCCAUAAGCUUCUGCGACCUGGACUACAUCUGAAGGCACUGAAAAACACAACACAAACUCCUGAAAGUACUCAGGAAUGACAAGACAACUAACAUCAGUGUUAACUCCAUGGUCACUCGGCAAUGUUGGGCAGACUGUAUUGCUCAUUUGCUCAAUUCCUGAAAUCCCACUUUAAUCAAAGCUCUGUUAUGGAGAUCACCAGAUGAACAGAGGAUGAGAUUCUAAGAUGUGCUCAAAGCUUCCUCGAAAUAUGAAAUAAACCCAGGGACUCCUGUGUACUCCAAGAUAAGAAGCAUUUGGGAAGAUAUUGGAAACCUUGAGGCCAAGUACCAGUAAGCGCUUUCAGAUGCAGUAUAGAUGGCAGCAACACAGACAACCUCGUAGUCACCCAAACCCACCCAUUUGCUCUAACAGUCUCCAAUGGCUUCCACAUUGACCUCAUUAGCCACCUCAGAACCCAUAGAACCAGAGUGGAAACCAAUCAUCCUCUAUCCCAAGCAGCUACCUAAGAUUGGGAAACAGCGGUCAGACAUAAAAGUUGAGUAAAUCUACUCCUUUUGAUGCACUUGGAAGUCCAUAAAAGAAAUCAAGGCUUAAAGAAUAGAACAUAUAGAGAGCAGUAUAGCACAGGAACAGGCCCAUACAUCAGAGUUUUGACCCAGAUGUUGGCAGUUCCUUACUACCUACAGAUGACACUCAACUCAUUGAAUCCUCCACCAACUUGUUGCUGAAAAGGCUUCACUAGUCGUACAAUGGUCCUUUCAUUACCAAUUACUGCCUCCAAUUUUGGUUACCAAAUUAUGUGAAAGUGUGUUCAUAAAGGAUUAAAAUUCACUUUGAAUAGAGCUUGGAAUACAAUUGGAGGUGGGAGUAAUGGAGGAAGGGGAGAGCAAUUGAAGGAUGCAUGAGGAAGUGAGCAAUUCCACGUUCACAGCCAGCUGAGCAGAAUGGUAGCUAAGCAAACAGCAGCACAAGAAAAAACACUCCAAAUAUUUAGCCUGAAAGGAAUUUUUUCAUAAUCAAAAGCAGAAGAGGUAACCCACCUCUUUGGUCUGUUGGACGAAUGUACAGGUCAACUGCAGACAGAGGAGCUCAAAGAUAAUCUUCUGCCCCAUGAUCAGCAAGGGAACAAGGGCCAGCUAGUAUAAUGGAAGUUAGAGUCAUGCUUCAGACUAUCUUCUGAAAAACACCAGCCAUCUGAGUAAUAUUUUGGUUCAAGUUAGUGUCAGCAGUUACUGAAAGGCUGAUAUUUAGUCCAUUUUUUAAAAUUAUUUUCUUAGCUAUCAGAAAUAGCUUUACUUUUUAGUUGGACAUAUAGGGUCACUGGAAAAGCAGAAUUUAUUACAUGUGGUCUAACAGAUAGGAGUGGACUUUCAACCAAUGGAAAAGCUUUAAUCAUAGAGUGAAAUUAAAGAUUGAUUUAUGGUUUUCAUUUGCUAACUUUUGAAUAAAGCACA